CCUAUUACAAUGGUUUUUCUCUUGUGGAAACAACGCGCAACAAAAGAGCCCAGGAAAAUUGAAAAAAAGUCAUCAUAAUUCGGUGUCCGUUUUGUUAAUUAAAUUAAACAUUUUUUAAUAUUGUAUCGAGAAUUCAAAAGCUUGAAUCAAAAAACAUAAUUAAAAAUUGAAUCAACAAAUAAAUCAAUUGUGUAAAAAGUGAUAAAAAUCUAUUAUUAAUUAAUUGAAAUUUAUAUUCCAACUGAUAAUUUUGACCGCACUAUAUAAUAUAAAUUUAAGAAUUAAUACGAUGUCAAAGUUCAAUACAAUAACACAAAUAAACAUUCAGAUAGAAUUCUGAAUGAUGUAUAUUCAGUUACAUAGUUAUAAAUCAACAAAAGAAAAACGGGAAGAUGUCCAAUUUGAUCGAUACUUUUAUUGGAAAUUUUUGGAAACAUUUAAAAGGAUUACGCUAUAAUGACGUGGUUAAUUAUAUGUACCAACCUAGGGAUCCCUCUAGUCUAGGCGUAAUCAGAUUUUUAUUCGGUUUGUUAAUGCUGUUUGAUUUAACGGAAGAAAGAGGGGGAUCUGAUAUCGAUAUAAGAUGGGGAAAUCCGAUGGAUUGUCACUUUCCGCUUUUUCCCAUGUUUAAAAAUCCUGGUUUUCAAUGUAUUGGUAUUCUAUAUUUUAUUAUGUGGUUAGGUGCUUUUGGAAUUAUGAUAGGAUACAAAUUUAGAAUGAGUACUUUCCUAUAUGGUAUUCCUUAUUGGUAUAUCUUUCUUUUGGAUAAAUCAUAUUGGAAUAAUCACAGUUACCUUUUUGGAAUUAUCGUUAUAUUAUUGAUGGGAUCAUCGGCUAAUGUAUUUUUUUCUUUAGAUAGUUACCUGAAUAAAUCGGUUAAGAAUAAACAAGUUCCAUACUGGAAUUAUUUCAUACUUAAAUUUCAGUUUUUUUUACUUUAUUUUUUGGCCGGUUUAAAGAAAACUGAUAUGGAAUGGCUCGAAGGUUAUUCUAUGGGUCAUAUAGGAGAACAUUGGGUUUUUUCACCAUUAAGGUAUUUCAUAGAUACAGAAAAAAUCGAUUACUUUAUUGUUCAUUGGUGCGGAUUUAUAUUGGAUAUUACAAUAGGAUUUUGGUUGCUAAUCGACUUGACGCGACCGAUUGCGAUGGUAUUUUGUGCGACUUUUCACCUGAUGAAUUCCCGAUUAUUCAGUAUAGGUAUGUUUCCGUACGUUUGUAUAGCCACUAUGCCUCUAUUUUGUGAAGAAAACUGGCCCAAGAAAAUUUUGUCAUUGUUAAUAAAAACAAAUAAAAAAUCUCGAAAUACGAACGACUUUAAAGAAAAUAAAAUCAAAACGGAGUUACAUAUCAAAUGGCGACAUAAACUAGUAGUAGGACUCUUAUUAACCCAUUGUGCACUGCAGGUUUUUUUACCAUACUCUCAUUUCAUUACUAAAGGAUAUAAUAACUGGACUAACGGCAUUUACGGUUAUUCGUGGGAUAUGAUGAUCCAUUCGUGGAAUACGGUUCUCGUCGUCGUGAAAGUAAUAGAUAACGAAAGAGGCCAAGAGAUAUUUGUAAAGCCUAACGCUUUCACUAAGAACGAUAGAUGGAGCAAACACGCCGAUAUGUGUGUGCAAUAUGCACAUUGUCUCAAAAACAAUUUGUUGUCUCUACAAAACGAUAUGCCAACAAAUAAAUCAACUCCAAUAUUAUCUUCGAACAUUUCUAUUUAUAUAGACGUUUGGUGUUCCUUAAAUAAUAGAUUCAAACAGAGGAUGUACCACCCAACGUACGAUUUACUUAAAUCAAAUUGGUCGCCAUUUCAACCUGUAGAAUGGUUACUUCCACUAUUAACAGAAUACAACAAUUUUAGAAAACAAAUGAACGAAAUUAGCAAACAAGUGUUUUCUUGGUCUAAUAAUAGUGAUCUUUUGUUUAUAGCCGAUUUUCCGGGUUUCCACCUGGAAAAUUACAUAGGAGACGAAUUGGAUAACGUUACUUUAACCGUUCUCGAAGGUGAAGUAGCCUACGAAAUUGAAGAUCAAAAUAAUGAACAGUCGUUAGGAUUGACCCUAAAAAAGAACGAAAGUGUAAUUGUCGAAGUAGAAUCUUUUCACCGAGUCCAUACAAUUAGUAACACGCCAUCUUGUUACAUGUACACUUUUCAAAGAAAAGAAAAUAGUUUGGAAUACGACGAUAAUCGGCAACAAAGUUUUUUUUAUUCUCCUUUUCCUCUAAUUGAAGAUGUACCGGAAAGAAUCAGCACAUUCUUGAGGAUGUGGAAACUCAUCGGAUAUUCUUUUCGGAAUGUUCUAAUUGGUAAAACGAACGAUUUCAAUUUUUCGGAAAUAUAAUUAUCCAAAGGGACUUCAAGAUGCUAGGUGUUUUGCAGAAGGUAAACGUUUUGUUUGUAUAACAAAUAAAACAAUCUGCUGCUCUUGAACUGCUUACAAUCUGAUUGUGAAUUUAUUGAAGAAAGUCAAUAAAAAUGAAGUCUGCUUAUAAUAGAGUCGAUUCAUUAUUGGAAUUAUUACCUAAUCAUAUAAAAAUAAUUAUCAAAAUUCCAGUUUAACGAGGUUAAAUAAAUAUCGAAUAACAUUCAUCAUCACAAUAUAUUUUAUUAGAAAAUAGUAUUUACAAUAAACUAAGUAAAAGAUAACAUUAUAUACAAUUACUAUUUCAGAGUGUAACAUUUAGGUUGGUAGGAAAAUAUUUAUUAAAAAAAUAAAAUCAAGUC